AUGGAUGGUAAUUUUAAAGCCGAGCACAUGCAUCCGGUGAAUCCAUCCGACGAAGUAUCAUUGAUGGAUGGUCUCGCAUUCAUGGUCUCCGAUGAAAGAUACAAGAGUCAUUUGUCCGUUGCUCAAGACCAUGUCCAAAAGUCAGAUUGCAACAAUCACCGGGCGGUCAAUCAAGCAAACGCCUCCCGGCAAAGGCUGGAAGCCACCGGUAUAGGAGGGUGUGCAUGUGCACGGCAUGGAUGUUUUGUCCCACAUUCCAUGGUGGAUUUUCAGAGGGGCGAAAGGCAGAUGAACAUGGACUAUGCGUUGAGUCAAGCACUCAACUAUAAGACCGAUGGAAUCUCUCGAGCCAUAACUUUCUAUGACAUAAAUUGUCAGUAUAACAAGUAUUUGAAGGACCGGAUCGCUUCCAGUAUAUAUCUUUCCAUCCCCAUCGGCAUGGAUAUCAUUCCCGGAAUAGGUUUGUGGCAUGUACAUGGCCAUCAAGACAGCUGCUUUGUCCGGUAUGCAUCAAAUUUCAUCCACGGGGCUGGCAGGAUAGAUGGAGAGAUCAUGGAGACCCUCUGGGCGCCUUUGAAUAUCAUCUCCCCAUCAGCCAGGGGCAUGGGAACCCCGCAUCGCAAGGAGGUAUUGGAUUAUCAGAUGAAUGAUUGCAACUUCAUGAAAAUGAUUCGCAUCACUAAGUUUCUCUGCAGAAAGUUAAAAGAGGCAAUCAAGGGUGCUGCGGAGAGCAAAAUUGCAUUCCAAAAUCUCAGCGAAACAGCUCACCCUGACAUGGUCAUUCUUUGGGAGGCAGAGGAGGCACUCGCUCAUGCGAACAGACUGGAUGAUCCGACAGCUAUGGACAUCUAUGAGGUCCGGUUGGAAAAGGCUCCCACUAGAAAACAGCAGGAGUUGCGCCUCCUGCAGGCUCAAAAUCGCCCAGAACAUCCGGUUACCAACUCCCCUGGUCGCCGAGGAGCUGCCACCUGGCUCGCAACCGGUCUCACCAUAGAGGAAUCUCAAAUCUCUCUUGCUAGGGAUGUGAAACAGGCUGGGAAAGCAUCCCACAGACAUGCAAUUAUUGAGAUCGAUGUCAACGACCCGGAUUUGCUGGUCAACAGAGUUUGUAAUUCACUCCCGGAUGAUUAUGAAGACGACUCCGAUCUCGAUGAUGAUCCGGAGCCGGAUAUACACGAUACUUCCAUAUUUCAACCGGAGCUCACUGUCAUACCCCUGCCAUCCAAUAUUGGUCAGGUCAGGUGCAAGGAUUUAGGUCUUAUGGAUCUCAUGAAAGAAGAAACUACCCUUCGUGAAGGCCAGGCCAAUGAUGCACUCCAUGCCAUUAGAGUUCAUUUGGUAGAUAAAGCCGUCAUAUUCCGCAAUACUGUCCGGUCAGCCAAGUCACAGGCCUCAUCCACCAGGGCAUGGACUCAAGUUCGCUCGGUGGAAACAGCAGUAAAUCUCAAUGCCAGUAUAUAUUCGAAAUGCAGGUUGCAACUGGCUAAUCUCCCUGACCACGACCUCUUGAAGAAAUACCUUCCUUUGAAGAAAGAAGACCUGAAAGCAAGCUCUGCAGUGGCCGAUCCCAAUGCACGUGGUCAGAGGGACACGACUCUUUCAUGGUUCUGGUCCUUGGAUGUUCAGGGCGACACAUCAGGCAAUGACUGGAUGACAGAAUUUUAUCGGGUGAAUUGGCUCCGGACGAAAGCACUGCGUGAUCGUUGGAAUGAGGAGGUUAUUCUUGUCAAACAUGAAAUGCAGUGGUCCAUUAAUUUCUUUAACCACAAAGCCAAGCAAUGGCUCAGUCACAUGGACACCGCGACUUCUGCAGGGCUCACCGGACAUACAUGUUAUGCUGCCCGACAAUCUCACAUAUAUCACCAACUAGCAGGACAUGCAGAGGAUACUUUCCGGAAGAUGAUAGGUCAGCCAGAACUACCGGUUUGA